UGUGUUUUCUCCUAUCACUCUUGACAUUAGCGGGGUGCCACCAAUCUCUUCCGGGUUCACUCCGACUCGCAAAGGUUGGAAAUGAACCUAUGAAGACAUAAUUUAUGUACAUAACCACGUUUCCCCGAUAAAGGGAGAAGUUGUACUGUUAUUUUUGGACCUGUGAGCUUUAUUGAAGCUUGUAGCUGUUGAAGCCGCUGCUGGUUUAGCUCUCCGUGUAAGUUGAACAUGUCUGCGGAGGAAGCGGACAAAACAGCCACCACUGAUGCCAGCGCCGGAGACGAGGAGGAGGAAUGGCUGUAUGGAGAUGAGUCGGAGAGCAAAGACGAGGAUGAGGAAGCCAAGCUGAACGCUGCUGUCAGUGCCCCUGCUGAUGCUUCAACAGAUGAUGCUGCUGCGCACGCUACAGGAAAUGGAGUUGCCUCUGAGGCCACAGGUGAGGCUGCAGGCGAGGAUGUGGAGAGCGACAGCGACAGCGAUGAUGACGACGAUGAUGUCCGUGUCACGAUUGGAGACAUAAAAACCGGAGCGCCACAGUACACAACUUAUGGAGCCCCACCUGUCAACCUCAACAUCAAAUCAACAGGCUCCAGACCUUAUGGACAAGUUUCCGCAAAACUGAAGGGAGUGGAUCUCGAUGCACCUGGAAACAUUAACGGUGUUCCAGUGCUAGAGGUGGACAUGGAGUCUUUUGAAGAGAAACCAUGGAGGAAACCAGGAGCCGAUCUGUCAGACUACUUCAACUAUGGCUUCAAUGAAGACACAUGGAAGGCUUACUGUGAAAAACAGAAGAGGCUGCGUAUGGGCCUGGAGGUCUCUACAGUUGGCUCAGUGACAAGCAAGAUCACUGUUCAGCAGGGCAGAACUGGUAAUGAAAAAGACAUACCCAGUUUGCCAGUUCACACCUCAAAGCCAGACUUCACAUCUCCUGUCAGCUUGUAUAAGUCUGCUGUCAGUCAGGUCACCAGGAUCUCUCCCCCUCAAUGGACUGGCCCGCCUCCUCAGGACAUGUCUUAUUAUACGAAAUCGAGCGGCACAAUCGAUGUGAUUGGUGGACAGUUGGCAACUAUCAGCAGAGUUGAGGGUCGUCGCCGACAUAAUCUAGAGGGCAACAAUAUUCAGGUGAUCUCUGAGCACUCGACAUCAGAGGCUGAACCUGCUCCUGCUAAGAUUCCCACAUUCUUCCCUCCCGGACCACUUCCUCCAAACAUUCCCCCACCGCCAUUUCUCCCUCCGCCACCAAACGUCAGUACUGCACCUCCACUCAUCCCCCCACCCAGGUUGCCCAUUACUGUCCCUCCUCCUAGUUUUCCUCCACCAACUAGUGGGCCUCCUCCUUCUAUCAUCCCCACUAUGGACAGCAGCAGUAGCAGGAGGAGGCACGACAGCGAGGAGGGGGACAGCCACAGACGGCACAAACACAAGAAGAGCAAGAGGAGCAAGGAGGGCAAAGAGGCCAGCGAGGAGAUCAGCGCAGACCAAGAGAAUCAGGAAGCCAUGGAGUAG